AUGGCCCCAGCCAGCAGCAAGAACCACCCCCCUUGGGCGACGACUGAGCAGACCUCUGCGCUGAGAGCCCACGUCGUCUUUCAGCGGCAUAAAAUGGUGGUACCUCCAAGGAUCCUACCAGACGACGUUGAACGCGCCAUUCAGAUCCUGGAUCAGCACGACCCGUCAACAGCGAAAGCGGAUGCUAAAGGCCUCAAGCCAAUUGAUUACGCCAAAUACGCGAUCAACGACCACUUGCGGCCAAUGGCUAACGCAGCUGGCAUGCACAACCUCCAUCAAGAAGGAAUAAAGAAAGGCAAACUAGUUGGACUACUGACAGACUGGGAUCUACAAAACGUCCCGCUUAUGGCGGCUCUGCUACCGCGCUCGGACAAGGCCACUAAGCCCGUCGUCCCUAAACAGGUCAAAGCCGAAACGGAGCCAACGGAGUCGAAGAAACGCAAGGCUGUGCCAACUAAAGUCACAGCGGCGAAGAAGCCCCGGAACGAUGGCAAUGCUUCUCCAGGGGACCACGAUGUCGAAAUGGAGGACCGAAACGAACCAGAUGGCGGCGAUUCCCUCCCACAAACUGCUAUCGAGGGCAGCACAUCGACUCGAACACUCGCCCGGAUGCGAACGCGUUCCCGUAGGCCUCGAGAUGGCCAACCACAUGCUACCGAGACGCACCUCGAAGCAGACAAGGGCAUGGCUGCACUGUCGCUGAGGGAGUUUGGGGAAGACAAGGGCAAUAGUACGGACGAUGCAUUGACCCACAACCGCGAAGGAGACGACAAGAGGCUCGAGACUGAGGCUGGAGAGGUGCAAGUGCCAGCUUCAGAGCGACAUAGUACUAGAGGGCGAGCGAGUGGGCGCGGCAAGGGCAGCAAGAAGAAGACUGAGGAGCAGAUCGCAGAGGAGGAAGAGCGAAAGAUGCAUAAUGCACGGCGGCUCGGUCGCUACUCCGACCCUGUAGUCGCUGAGACCUUCCGCGUCCUGCACAAGACGGUCCUGGUUCCGAUGCAUGGCAAGAUGCAGGAAGGAGUUGAACCAGUGCCGACUGAUCAGCUGGGUAUGCGGGAGUUAAGGGAGAGGCUCCUCGAUGAGGCUAGGAGAAAGGACGCGAAGUAG